UCAUGGCAGCCGCGCGCUCGGCUUCUGACAUGAACAAGGGCCAAGAUCGACAGGCACGCAGGCGCCAUUCGGAUAUGUUGCAAGGAAGAUGAGCUGGCUCCCGAGGGGAAGCAACGUUCUGCGCUUGGGCGCUCGCCGCAGGGAUGGGGUCCGUUGUGAUGAUUGCAUGCAUGCAGGAGGGAGCGUGCUGGGGCGGAGAUCAAAACCCCCAGGCUCCCCGCGUAAAUGAUCGUCCUCUUCCUUACCCGCGUCGGACUUCACAUCCAACUUACUGUCUUUCCUUCGGGUGCGCUCAGCCCCUUUGUCGCUCUUUGUUCACGUCGCCAGUCGACAUUUCGUUCCUUUGAGAGGUUUGUGGUGAAGGUCCUAGUGACUUGCUUUGUUCGUGUGUCUAUACUACGCCUUACCUUCGAAACAACGCCCAUCUUCACCGAAAGUUAUUCGAAAAGUUCAGCAUGAAGACUCCGUCGAUCCUCUUUGCGGCUCUUGCUGCCGCGCCUACUGUUAUGGCGCACACCGUCUGGUCUGUUCUCUAUGUCGAUGGAGAGAGCCAAGGAGACGGUGCUGGUAUCCGCAUGAGAAAGGACCCUGCCAAAGCCUCGUUCCCCCUUGUAGACUACAGCAGCGACGACAUGGCUUGCAACGUCGACGGAACCAAAGGCGUCAACUUCGUCAGCCCCGUCAAGGAUGGCUCCACCCUGACCUUCGAAAUGCGCUCGUGGCCCGAUAACCCGUCCAAGGAGUCCCUUGACAGAGGCCACUACGGUCCCUGUGCCGUUUAUCUGAAGAAGGUCACGUCUGCCAUCGACGACAAGGGUGCCGGUGACGGCUGGUUCAAGCUCAUGGACGACGGCUACCACGCCGACACUGACAAGUGGUGCACCGACCGCCUGAUCGACAACAAAGGCCGCCUCUCCGUAGAGCUCCCCAAGGGCCUCGAAGGCGGCUACUACCUCGCUCGUCCGGAAGUCGUAGCCCUGCACAAUGCUACCAAUGGCCAAGCCCAGUUCUACACCGGAUGCGCGCAGAUCUUUCUCGAGAGCACCGGUAGCUUAGUCCCCGAGAGCACCGUCGCAAUACCAGGCCCCGACUACGUAAGCGCCGGCCAGUCCUCUGUCAAGUUCAACAUCUACGUCGGCAAGAACGCAGAGUACCAGGUCCCCGGGCCCGCCGUCGCAAACUUCACGCAGAACGUGAAUCUCGCUUCCGACGCACAGCUGCAGCAGACCGAGGGUCUCGUGCCCUCGUCUUGCAUCGCCCAGAGCGCGAACUGGUGCGGCAAGGAAGUCGCCUCAUACAGCGACGAAACCGGCUGCUGGGCCUCAGGUGAGGACUGCUGGACGCAGGGCAAGAAGUGCUGGGCGGAGGCCCCCGCGACGGGUGGCAGUGUCUGCCAGCUCUGGAGCGACAAGUGCACGGCGAUCAACGACCAGUGCAAAGCGAAGAACUUCAACGGACCGCCGAACAAGGGGAAGGUCCUCACGCCGAAGCGUGAGACGAUCGACAUCGGGCUGAUUAUCAAGCCUGUGGGUGGCGGUAACAUCGAGUCUGGCUCCGCCGCGCCCAAGUCCUCCGCUGCGGCGCCCAAGUCCAGCGCACCACCAGCUUUUACAUCCGCGCCCGCGCUGGCGCCCUCUGCGUACGAGCCCAAGUCCGACAUGACCGAGACGCCCAAUCCCUCCAGCACUCACGCGUCCUUCAUCGAGACCCCCUCGUUCUCGUCCACCGUCUCGCUACUCACCUUCGAAGGCGGUGCAUACGGCGAUGCCCCGUCCAGCGCACCACCAGCCUUUACAUCCGCUCCCGCCCUAGCACCCUCCGCAUACGAGCCCAAGUCCGAUGCCAUCUCGACGCCCGCUCUCUCCAGCACCCAAGCAUCCUUCAUCGAGACUCCAUCGUUCUCAUCCACCGUACCGCUGCUCUCGUUCGUUGGAGGCGGCUACGGCGAUGCCUCCCCAUCCACCUCGACCAAGAAGGUCGCCAAACCCACCACCAAGGUGCCGGCCUCGGAGUACGCUGCUGCGCCCAAGCCAACUGCUGCUGCUGAGGCUGUGGACGAGAACGGCAUGGUCGUUGUGACGAAGACCAACGUCGUGGUCGUGACGGAGACGCAGUAUGUGACUCUCACCGCGGGAGGAUACAGGCACAAGAGGCACCGCAGGUACUAGAUGCGCGUCCCGCAGCCCACACGUCUCUUUCUUUCUUUC